CAGUUGACACAAUCAGCAUGUUUUCUUCAUGAAUUUUUCAUUUUCACCGGAAGUAUCAUAUGUUCACGGCUGUUCAAUCCAUCUAGGUAAAGUCGCAAGAAGAUUUAUGUUUUUAAUAUGUGACAUAAUAAAUUUGCUGCGUGUAGGAGCAACAGAUAAUGGGAUUGAAGGCCGCCAUUCAGGCAUUGAAGAGAGCAGAAAAGCUAAAAGAAAAAGUUCAAAAUUCAAGAGACAUAUUGAAUGACAAUGAAGCUUGGGUUUGCCAACAGCAAUUACAGAGAAUUUAUCAGCAGGUCCUUAUUCUUGACUUAGAAUUUGCUCUGGACAAAAAAGUGGAACAAGAACUGUGGAAUCAUGGAUUUAAAAAUUAUAUUGGAACACUACAGAAUUUAGCAAAGGAUAAGAAGAAUCCCAAACGAAAUGAGUCACAGGCGAUGUUAUCUUGGUGUCUGGAGGCAGCCAGUGGCUUCUACUUGACUUUACUACAGGAAAUCUGUACAGCAUUUGAUCUGGACCUUCCAUUUAGAAGGAAUGAAUCUGUGUUUGGAAAUGGAAAACUUUGGAAAACUGGUGAUCAUUUUACUGUGCCACACAAGAAUUCUUGUUACUACAUCUGCCAACAUUGCUUAGUCCACUUGGGAGACAUUGCUCGCUAUAGGAAUCAGAAUCGCCAGGCUGAAAUAUUUUACAGACAUGCAGUACAGUUGGCUCCAAACAGUGGACAACCUUACAACCAACUUGCAUUGCUUGAAGCUAGUCGAGGUGAUCGACUGAGUACUGUGUUCCACUAUGUUCGCAGUGUUGCUGUCCGUCAUUUCUUUCCAGCUGCAGCCACCAAUCUCUCUCGCACAUUAAAUAAAAGUGCUGAAGAAAAAUUAAAUGUUGAGGGAAGGAACAAAUUAUCAGUCUCAGAAUAUGUGGCUGUUUUCCUUAAACUUCAUGGAUUGGUGCAUAACAGUUCAAACUUGCAAGAAGCAGAGAAGUAUGUAAAGAUACUGACAACAACACUCACAGCCCAUGUUGCCACAGAGAGUCUUACUUCAUGGAAACUAGUUCAGAUGCUGGCUAUCAACUUGUUUGCUCUGCAUCAUGCUGGAAGCUGUGUCGAUGCAGACAAAUUAACAACAUUCAGUGAUGAGCAAUUGUCAAGUGAUGAGAAGAAGGUUAAACACCUUGUAAUGGACCUCAUGGCUGGAUCUCUGAGUGCUUAUUUACUUCCUGUAUACACUCUCAAGGAAGGAGAUGCAUUGUUGGAUUACUUUGCUUUGCCAGCCAUUAAACUAACUUUGGACUGGAUUAGACUUGAUUCUAAAGUGCUCCUAGAUUCAGCAUUUACAAGUCGGCUUCAGAUCUGGCCCAGUCUUUGUAAACUGCUAAAUGGACUGCAGCAAGCUCUGACUGAUUUUUCUACUGACAAAUAUAGUUACUUGCCCCUUCCAGAAGAUCGGGAUCUCCAAGGAUUUAUACCAUUGGAGAAGUCAUUCAGUGAACUUAGGUUCAGUUGCCAAGACUGGAAGUUGGACACAGUAUUGCUUAAUAAACUCAGAGCAAGUCGUAUUCUUGAAUUUGGGUCUUGGCUGUUAAAGCAGGAUAACCAUCGCCUUGUGACUAGGAGGUCAUCACCAGGUACAGAAGAAUCUUCAGUGAUGUUUGAAGCAGUGGGUGGUCAGCAGGUGCCUCCUUGUGACCUGAUCAGAGAACUGGAGGAGCUUAGUCUCACCAAGCUCCCAUCACCAGCUCCUUCGGAUACUAGUAGCUGGGGGAGCGCUGCUACUGGCACUUCGACACCUGAUAAUUCAUUAAUCACUGGUGGACACCACAGUCCACCCCUUGUAGAUCAGGGCCUCAGUGAUAUAGGUCAUGAGAGACGUGCUGGUAUUCUGAAGCCACAAGGCUCCCUGGAGAAAGCUCGAGAGAAAGAAGCAACUGAAGUAAUGUGGAACCACAAUCAGAAUCAUGCAGUACACAUAACUAAGCGAGGCCGGCAAAAUGUUGCAAUGCAGGCUAUUAUGAGAAAGUCUGUAUUACUUGGAGAACAAGAGAGUGCCAGAAAUUUGGAGACUAAGCAGGUAACAUUUAAAACUCCAUCACCAAGUGUAUCACCUGGAAGUUGCCAGAGUGCUGAAGAUGGGCAAGUUGUGAAAUCAAACAAAACAUCAGCAUGGCAACAACCAAAGCAGCAACAGAAUCAUGUUCUUCAGCCACUUCCUCAACCACCCCCUCAAACUUUAACUGUACCUUAUCCAUACCAGAAUCAGCAAACACCACAGCAUAACUUGAUCCAGCAACAUAAUCAAGUCCCUAGAGGCCAGGUGUCCCAGGCCCAGUCUGUAUUUGAUAAUGGGGAAAUGACUUGUCAGAAUGGUCUCAUGGGUGCUCUACAUCACCACAGUCAGCCUAUUUCAACAAAUGGCAGCAGUGUAUCAUCCUCGUAUGGUUCACAGAUGUCAUCUUUCCCCAGUCAUCCUGCUCAAAUACCUUUUCAUCAGCUACCCCCUCAUUCUUCACCUGGAGCUAAUCUACCAAUGAGUGAUAAUCCAUCUUCUAACAUAGGAAAUGGGUACACAUCAUCUCAUCAAUCUUAUGGAAUGAAGUUACGUCAGCCACCUUUCGCACCGUGGCAAGAGGAGAGUCCCCCUCUUCCUCCAUCUUGGUGGUGUGACAGGCAAGGGAUGACAAGACAGAGUUCUGGAGGUAGCAGCCAACAAGAUGAAACAGUUACAUCACAAGCACCUGGAACCCAGAUGAACUUAUCCUUGCCAACUUUGAAUUAUUUACAAGGCAGUAAUAUUCUUCAACAACCUCUUCAACGUAUAUCCAUGAAGUCACCAACAGAUUUGGUACCAGAUGAUUUGUACAGUAAUGCAAAUUGGCACUCGAGGCACCAGAUGUCAGCGCCACCACCACAACCUCUAAAUCUGAACCUAAAUCUUCAGCAUCAGUUAAUGAGUGGAACAUCAGCCCAACUUCCUAGCAGUUUUACUCCACCUGCUGCCACACAAACAUCAAUUUCUAGAUCUUUGUUGCAAAACAGCUCAGGGUUUCAAGGAUCACAAAACAGAGCAGAUGUCAACCAGUUGUCUGUAUUUGGUAUUUCAGGAAAUCAGAAAACACAGAGGCCAAAUGCAGAGGUAACAUUAGAUUGCAGUACCAAGGAAAACCAUCAGGGAAGUAGCUCUGUGACAGGAGAGAAUUCCACAGUUUUCUCAUCAACACCAAAUACCAGUUCAUUCUCUGCUUUGGGACUUGGCACCAACACCUACUCACUCUUCAGUACACCCAGCUGGGUGAACCCAGCACCGACAUGUGGUUUUGAGUUGGAAGGGAACUCAUGUGGGAAUGGUCUGUCAAAUGUUAUGGGUGUUCCAGGGAAAAGCUCCCUCAGUAUUGGUCAGCAGUCUCUGUGGUCUGGGCCUGGUCCGUCACCGCUAGAGAGACUUCUGGAGCAGCAGAAGCAGCUGAGGGAGGGACCAGCUCCAAAAGGAGGAACUUGAGCUAUUCACUUGGACUUGAAACUAAUGUUACAUUUCUUACUGGAAUAAUGAAACGAGUAUAUGCGCUGAUGGAGGACAGCACACCAAACUGAAGAAGGUAUGGCAGUGAAGAUGACUAGCUUGCAAACAGAUCAUGAAGGGGCUAGGGAACAUACUGGGAGUCCAAAACAAGGUACUGUAUCAUAAUGUAUCAAAUGUAGAUCACCCAGAUAAGUAUUCAAACCAGCUGUCUCAUGCUUUAUUUUAAAUCUCCCUGGAAUAUAUGAUAACAGCAAAGAACCAUGGAAGGUUGGGUGGCAUAUAAAAUUAUGUCUGAUACUGCAGCUAAAUCACCAAUAUUUGUACAUUAACAUGUAAAAUGAAACACUUAACUUAGAAUAAAGCAUACAAUUUAUCUGUAGAAAAAUAAAAUUGAUGACAGUAGUAACACAGUUUUAUUAACUUUGUUGACUGAUGGUAGAUUCUUGUUCAAAAUAUCCAGUACAAUUGACUAAUGCUUGGUUUACCAAGAUACAAAUGAUAAUGUAUCUCGUAACUAGCAGAGCUAUUUUACUUUUCUUGUACUCUACUCUCAUCUAAUCUACUCUUGCAUAAUUCUUAUAAUUGUAUGUUUCUUAAAAGAAAGAUAAGAGUAAUGCCAUUUACUAAAAGGUGUCAUAGUUUUAUGUAACACGAAAGAGAAGGGAAGUUACUUAUAGAUGCAGAUUCGAUGUGUCAUUUUAUUGUAAUGCCAAGGCCUCAGUGGAAGAGCUGUAUAUGUAAUGGCACUCUUCAUUUCAACAUACUUAACAGUGCAUAUAAUCAAAGAAGAAAUAUGUGAGGAAAGUACAAUCACAAAUUAGAGUCUAGAUCAGCAGUUGCAUUGAGGGAAGAUGAUACUGAAUGCAGUUAAUGCACAGUAAAUCAGUUGGUAUAAAGAUGUUAUUCUCUAGUUGGUGUGGUAGUAAAAACAGUAAUAUAUCAUAAAAUAUAUGUGAAGAAAGAAAAAACAACCAAAUGGACUGCAGAUGUUUAUCAAUCUGUUGUAGGGAUGGAACAGUAAACAUUUGCAGUUAAAGAUUACACACACAACAGUAUGCUCCAACUUAAAUUAACCAAAUGGAUGCUUCAUAGUAAUCUUGUAAUUACAUGCUGUUUAGUCAGAUUUUUGUGUAACUUGUCUUUCAGUUGUUAACAGCUGUAGAAGGGGGUAUGGGGUGUGAAAGUUUAUUUUUGUAAUGGAAAUGUGUCCUGUGAAGGCAGUUGGUAAUUUGUGUUGGCAACAUGUUUUUAGUAUCUGUGAAGUAUAGUUAAAGGCUGCAGAGGAAAACGGAUUAUGUUCAGCUUUCCUACACAUCUUAUCACAGAGGGUUAAACUUGAACCAGGGAAACUUGUAUGUAAACCUAUUAUUUCAAUUGUAUUUUUUAUUAAAAUACAAAAUGUACUGAUAGUAAUUGAUUCCUGCAAGAAUGGCAUAUUUGCUUCAAAAGUCUUUUACAUUACUUGCUGGUUGGAUGUGUCCUAAUUGAUUCCUAACAAAUAUCAGGUACCUUUUAGUUGGUUACAUUAUGUGCGUUCUUUUCCACCUUUCCCAUCUUGCUAAAUGGGAACAUGAAAAUACUAUUUGAAAUCGUCCUGUGAGAGUGGUGUUUCAAAAUGUAGAGAUAAAAUAAUGUAACACUGUACAAUAAAGGUGAUGGCAAGUUGGAUACACAUAACUGCUUUGUCUAAUGCUUUUCAAUUAGGAGCUAAAACUACUGUACGUGAACAGAAAUGGCAUUUCCCUAAUUCAACAUAGGUCAUAUUUCUCCAUGUUCGUAAUGAAGACAAUGAAAUAUCGUCAGUUGUAAUUUUUAACGCAUGGGUAGGUUUUAACUUUUUUAAUGAAUAGUGGCAUUGAAGCAAUGCCUUUUUGUUCAUUAUUAAAUCUGUCUUAUUUUGUAUAAUUAUUUAAUUAAACUAUUGACACAUGUCUUCAUUCUGUCUGUUGCUGUUUAGAAGUGUACUGAACCAUUGCUUUAGUAUUUUGUUUUAGAUUGUAAUUUCAAAGAGAUCACUACCUUCAAGCUUGAGUGACCACAAAUUGGUAAAAAUCCCACAAUGAAGUGGGUAUUUUUGCAUUUAAGAGAAUCCAAGUCUACUUUAUAAAACUGUUAUUUGUUGUUGGAAAAUGUUUUCAGUUAUUAUAAUUGUAUUUACUCUGCUUAAUUUUUAUUCCUUUGAAGGUAUUACUAAAAGAACAUCCACAUUGCAGAUAGUUGUCUUUGGCCCUUGUUGUACAGUAUUGUAACUGAACAAGUUCUGUUAGGAAGUACAGGCCUUAGUGAGGCCAUUAAAGAAUUUGCAUUCUUUGGACAUUAAAAUGAUUAUCACUGUGGUAGUAUAUAUAACAUAACUAACUUAAAUUUGCAUGGUGAGGAAGCUGUUGUUUGGCCUCAUGACCUUAUAUUUGUAGCAAAAUACUGAACUUAAUCUGGAACACACUGUUAGGCUUUUGUCCAGGAGUGCAUUCAUUCAUGCAUAUUAUAAUCAAAGCCUGGUCCAAUAUUUCAGUUUUUGGUUUAGUCUCAUUCCAUAUGGGUUUUUUAACAUAUCAAGAAUGGCUGGCUUAUAAUAAAAAGGGAUAUUUUAAGACUAUUUCAAACAUAAAUUAGCAGACACAGGAAUAGAUAAACUUUGUGUAAUAUGUUUUUCUGUAUCCAUGAACAGUCCAGAGCUAAAUUAUGCAAACAAAUUUUAAUUGGAUUGUGUAUAAUAAUAAAAAUAAUGCUGUGUAUCGUAGCUGGGCAGAAUGUCCUCCCAAUUAAUAAUGCUCAUGAAGAGUUCUGAGGACAGCUCUCUUAUGACAAGACUGGGUAAUACAAAUUGUGUAGGACCAACCAGUUAAAUGUGGUUCACUAGUACCAAAAUAAAAAAAUAUUACCAUGCAAA